AUGAGGGGCUGGGGGCCACCAGCCCGCGCUGAGGAGCCGCCGCGAGAAAGCAAGGCGGAGGGACAAGACGGCGACGCGGAAGGGAUGGGGCGGGGACGUGGAAGGGACGCGGGGGCAUCCGCCGUCCACCGCGAGGCCGGAGGGCACGACGCUUCUGUUCUCAGACCCCAGCCUGCCCGUCGCCCCGCCCCCAGGCCGCGCCACCCCUCCCGCCCGUCCCCACGGCCCCCGCCUCGCCCCUGGCCCCCGCAGCCCCCUCCACCCCACGCUCGCACCUGGCCCUCCCCUCGGCCCGGCUCCCCGCGGAAAGGAGAGGACAGGAGCCCGCACGGACCCCCAAAGCGGCAGAGCGUGGCAACGCCUCCGGGUCGCCCGCGCAGGCGCACGCCCACCGCGCCCCGCCGCGCCCCGCCCCUCGCGCCCGCGCAGGCGCACGCCCACGCCGCCACGCCGCGCUCCGCCCCUCGCACCCGCGCAGGCGCACGCCGCCGAGCCGCGCUCCGCCCGGCGGGUCGUCACGGCGCCGUUCUCCCGCGGGAGUGGCUGCGCGGACCGCGGCCUCUGCGGCCGGAGGAGGGGCGUGGCUGCUGGCCGGCGCGCGUCGUUCCUCCGACGUCCUGGAGCCAGACUAGGCGGCGCUGGGGUCUCUGGAGCGGGAUCCAGCUAGGCCGCGCCCGCCGAAAGCAGAGAGGCGCGGGGCCCGCCGGAGUUCGGGGGUCUUGUGCUGAAGAUGCGCUGCUGGAAGCCGACCCUGGAGCUCGAGAGCGCGGCUGUCACGUGACCUCUAGAGCGGCGCUGUGGAGAAAGGUGAUGGAUGACCUGAGGCUCCGGAAGCUAGCUGAAAAUAGCUGGCAGCGAAGCGAGGUGUGCAGUUCGCUUCAUUCAUUCCACCAGACGGUGUUUGUUGACCACCAACUGCGUUCUAGGUGCCGGGGGUGCGGGGGUGAACAAGACAGGCCGACUUCCAUAGAGCUUGCAGCACAGCAGGACAGGCGGACAACAGGCAAGUCACCGACAGCCACCUGGACCCAGUUCCUGAAGUUGGGGCCCAAGAUGAUUCAAGACGGCUCAGCGAGCUCCAGCUGGGCCCAAGAGGAAGGCCACAGCUUGGACACAUCCUUGCUCACUCCCCAGAGACUGGUUCCAGUGAGGACUUCCUAAGAGUCACUGCAAACUAUUGCUCAAGUGAAAUAUUAAUACCACGGAAAAGCAAAACAAAAAGAGAAAAGUACUCCUAACCCCACUGCCCAAAGAUAAUCACUGUUAACAUUUUGAUGUGUAACCCUCUUGAAAUGCAAGAUUAGCAUUACUUUAAAAUUUAAAACUUUGAUAGGAUGAGAUGCUUCUCACUGUCGCUUUAAUAUGCAUUUCUUUGAUUCCUAACAAUGGAAACACAUUUUCAUGCUUAUAUGCCAUUUGGAUUUCUGCUUUAGCAAAUUACUUGUUUGUGCCCUUAACCCAUUUUUUAAUAAAAUACUCAUUUUUAUCUUAUUGACUUAUAAAAAUAUUUUAUAUAAUAUUUAAGAACUGUCUGUUGUUUAUGUAGUAGCAUAUUCUCCGACAGAAAUUAGCUCAGCGUUUUCUUACAUGUUUGACUUCCUUUGCUUUUUGAUUGACAUUUGUUUUUCAACUUUGUUAAUUCAUGUAUGUUUAUGUAAUUUUUAAAAUUUUGCUAUAGACAAAUCUAUCCAUCUUUUCAUUGUGGUUUCUGCCUUUAAGGUCAUAUUUACAUUCUGUCUCAAUCGCAAGAUUGUAUAUUUACCAAUAUUUUCUUCUGCUAUUUAAUGCCUUUUACUUUCUUAAAUCUUUAAUCUACCGAGAAUUUAUUUCACUGUAAGGUAGGAAGAAAAAUGUAACCUAAAGUGUUUUCUGAAUCAGUGAAGCUUUUGCAGAAGACACGCGCAUGCGCCCUUGCCAUGGUGAGGCCACCAAGGUCACCGCUCUCCCAGCAGUUUAUUGAAUAACCCCUCCCUUGCUGACCGACUGGAAGCGUCACUUUUGUUACAUGCUAAAUUCUCAUAAAUAGCCAUGUCUGUUCUGGACUUUCUCUUUUGUUCCUUUGUCUGUCCUGGCACUACGUAAUUCUAAUUACUCUAACUUUACAAUAUAGAUCUUAUUUUCAGAUAUUUACUGGCUCUUCUUACACAUUUGACCUACAAGAUGAACUUUAGAACUAUUUUUCAAGUCCUCCCCACCAAAAAAGGGAAUGGGGUUUUCGUUUUAUUAGUGCUGCUGUUUUUAAACUUAGAUUAAUUUGGGGGACACAUAGCUCUGCAGUGUGGACUCUGUUGCUCCAGGAAACCAACAGGUGUCUCCAUUUAUCUAGGGCUUCUUUUAUGCCUCUCCAUAAAGUUUUACUGUUUGCUUAUAUAGGUCAAAGGAGUUUAUUUUUUAAAGGAAUUAUAAACUUUGACUUCUCAGGAUUACAAAAUCUCAGAGAUGGAAGAGACCUAAAAAUCACUUCCUCGCCCCACCCAGUGUGUUGCUGAGUCCCUGCUCUCCAACAACCAAAGAUACAGGGUGUAUUGUGGUGUGUUUUUUAACACAAUGACAUUAUACUAUGUAUAUUUUCUGUGAUUUCCAGUUUGUCACUUGAACAGUAGGUCUUGGAGAAAUUUCUAUAUCAGUGCAUAUAGAUUAACUUAAUCCAUUUUAAUCACUACAUGGUGAUCUAUGGAAAUGAUACUGUACCAUUUAAUUUAUCGCUCCCCUGUUUAUGGACAUUUUAGCUAUUUCUAUUGUUUUGCUGUUAUGAAUAACUCAGCUUAAACCUUGAACCCUAACUAAAAUCAAAUUCCCCCAAAUUCUAGAGCACACAACCACUGCCUUCAAAGUCCCCCGCCCCAAAAUCACCACCAGGUGGCACGUGCCUGUUUGAAGAAAGGCAUGUCUUUGGCUUUCCACAGUGUCCUUCAGUUCUGUCCAAGAAAUGUUUAUUGAACAUGCAUUAUAUGGUAAGCCCUGGACUUUUAAAAUACACUGAUUUCAAUAUAAUAAAGAAGUUCAUUUAUUCAAAAAUACUUCUGGAGUACGCAUUAUGUGCCAGGCACUGUGUAGGUCUGAGGUUCCAAGGA